AUGGGCACAUGUAAGUUUCGAAUACAUUUUCUAUGUAUAAGUAUUAAUAAUGUUUACUACACAGGUAAUAGGGUAAUUAUACCUGCAUAUAGCCAACCCAAUAAUCAGACAUUCCACGUCGUUCUGUUAAUAAGAUCUACCUUCGAUCCUCUUCGUACAGCUACUACAAAACAAACUAUAGUGUUUUCUUCAUCUCGGCACUUAAUAAAUAUAAAUAUUGCAUGCGUCAGCAAUUGCAAUGGCAAAAAAUACACUAUACAAAUGCCAAUUCAUCUAAAGGGACAAUGCUUGCGUUGUCGAAAUAAAAAAAUUAUUAAAUGGAUCUGGCGAGUGGAGUCUUUACCAGUGGAAGGAGCAUCAAAAAGGCUUAUUUUUGAUGUUAAGGAAACUAAAAAGCGCUUACUUUCAAUAAACCUUAAUGUAGAGGCUGUGAAUCGAUAUAACCCAAAAAUUACUUAUUACGGAAAAUCCUGGAUUUUUUUGGAAAAGAACAUGGGCCCUGCAGGUACUACGUGCUCGAUAAGCCCCAAGGUCGGAAAGGCGCAUGAGACACAAUUUUUAUUACAUUGCAAUCAAAGCCAAGCUAGAUUUAAGCCCCUAAUGUAUUGUAUUGGAGUUGACAAUUUUUUAAUCGAUGAAUGCAAAACCGAAGAAGAUAUACAAGUCCAUCUUCCCCCCACAGAACACAUUAUUGUUAUGAAUUAA